GAUGGGUCUCCGUUACCGGGGGUAGGGAGGGGUCUGUAAAAAGAAAAAAAAAAGACCAGGGCAGUAGCAUCUUGCGCUCGCGCGCCGCGUCCCUUCCUCUCGAGCCUUUUGUGUUUGAAACUCUCAUAUCUCACAUAUCAAUAAUUCAAGCGCGCGCGAGUGAGAGCAGACGGAGCUCCCUCCCGCGCGCUAUGAGUUCUGCUGCCUCGUCACUCGUCCAGGGCCCCUCCGCACCGCGCGCGACUCCCGUUUACUGUGUCUCCAAGUGACAGAAAAGCUACUGAGAAGUGAGAAAAGAGAAGAACAGGUGAAAACUGGGAGUGCGACCGGAGAUACGUGGGUAUUGAACUGAUUUUCGAAAAAAAAGAAAAACAGGUGAGAAGCCCAAAAAUAAACCGUCAGGUUUGCCCCCAGAGAGACUUCGUGAGGAAGAAACAGUUUGCUGUAAGCAAAUUAAAUUCAAGACAACGGAGUGGCAUUUAGUUGUAAAACAAGCCUUCUUAAGGUCCAUCGGGGGAACGUCGGGAAACUCUUCCUACCUUACUUUUUUAAAGGGGAAUAGACCUGUGAAGACGACCGAAGAAGUUCGCUGUUCUGGUCCGGUAUGUUGGCGUUUUGCCUUUUAAGUGCCGUGUGGCUCGCGGCGAGUCCGACCCGCGCUCAGAACGAGACGGAACCAAUCGUCCUGGAGGGGAAGUGCCUAGUGGUGUGCGACUCCAACCCGACCUCGGACCCCACGGGCACGGCACUCGGGAUCUCGGUACGCUCAGGCAGUGCCAAGGUGGCGUUUUCCGCAGUCCGGAACACCAACCAUGAGCCCUCCGAGAUGAGCAACCGAACCAUGGUCAUCUACUUCGAUCGGGUCCUGGUAAACGUUGGGAGGAAUUUUGACGAAGAGAGAAGUAAUUUCAUCGCGCCGCGCAAAGGGAUUUACAGUUUUAACUUCCACGUAGUGAAAGUCUACAACCGCCAAACCAUACAGGUGAGCCUGAUGCACAACGGCUGGCCGGUGAUUUCAGCAUUUGCAGGCGACCAGGACGUGACGCGCGAGGCGGCCAGCAAUGGUGUUCUGAUCCAGAUGGAGAAGGGAGACCGGGCCUACCUCAAACUGGAGAGAGGAAACCUCAUGGGAGGAUGGAAAUACUCCACCUUCUCUGGCUUCCUGGUGUUCCCCAUGUAGAGGAAAACUGAGAGGAAGAGGAGGAGCAGGGGGUGGAAAUGAAGGAGGAGGAGCUGGUGGAAGAUGGAAAGUACGACGGAGGUGGGGAAAAGGCAGAUGGAGGAAGAAGAAGGGCAUUGGGCAAGAGAAAACGCAAAUAAGAUGGCAGAAAAGAAGGAGAAGAAAAAGAAGAGGGGAUGUGACAACACACUUCUGUUUGGGACGUUGCAGAGAGCGGAGGGAAGCAGAAAGAUGAGAGAAGUUAGAGAGAUGUGAGAGUAUGACACAGAACGAUUGAACCAGGGUGAAAUGAGAGAAGAAUUAUGGAGCCAGUACAUGACAGUGUGUGGCCAGCUUCUUCACUUCCCUUCCUCCUUUCAUCCAUCCUUUCAUUCAUCCUUUUCCUCUGUUUUCUCUGUGGCUUGACUGCAGCUUUGGACAGCCAAAACUUUUUUUAUUCUCUGCUGAAAGACGCAAUUGAUCAUUUAUAUGUUCCACAGUGUUCUAAAGCCCGAGUGUAACCCUCCCCUCCCUUCCUCCACAUUCAUCAUUCAAUCAUUAAUUCAUCGAUCUCCAUCAGCAUAAGCUUUGAAGAAUGUUUCUCCAGAACUGCCCCCAUCAUCUCCCAUUUACUGUGGCCAUAUUUGUAGUCUUUUUUCUUAUGCUUGACAUAAAUAAAUUGCACUGAUUUUGGAUCAGCAUCUACCCCAAAGCCAAACUAGAAUUUUUAUAGGGGAAACACUAAACUCUGAUCACAAAAUCAGGGGCUGAGGAAACAUUUACCUCCCCUGUAAGCUGUGUUUUAUAGUUUUCAUAAUAAUUACUGGCUUUUUCGGAUACUUAGUUUGUUUUUGAAAUGCACAUCUGUGUCUCUCCUCCUGUCCAUUUCUUUUACUCUAUGUUACUUAGUUCCUGCACAUAGCCCUGCUCUGUCCUUCUGCAUCCUUGUCAGUCUUUACUGUUCUUUGUUUUCAAACCAGUUGUCUUGAUUUGUUAUAACAACUGGCAGUAAUGGUAAAUAUCAACUUGCUAGCUGUAAACAUCAAACAUCUCCAAAUCUAAGAAAAGUUAACCAGGGUCCAGCUGUAACAGUAACAACUGUGGACACUGAUUUAAAAAAAAGAAAAGCUGAAACAACAGCUGACAUAUUAUUAGUUGUUAAUGGAAUCUUGAAACCAAUGUAUAAAAUCAAAUUGCAUGAGCAAAUAAUACAUCAAAUAUAAAUCAAGCAGUUUAUAGUUGUAGAAUAUCUCCCAAAAAUUAUGUUUUUGAAAGAGAGGUCAUGCUUCCCAGAUAAAACAUUAAUCAACACAUUUGCAAGGUUACAAAUUGUUGAUGGUAAAUGCAUCACUACCAUUGCUGGAUUAACCUCCUGCAGGGUGAUAUGUGAAUAUUUCUAGUUUUAACUACUUUGCUAUGAGAGUAAACUCAACAUCUUUGACUGUUAAUCAGACAAAACAAGACAUUUAGGUACCUUCACUUGUGCUUCAGGGAAUGAUGAGACUUUGAUGAUGGGAUGAUGAGAUGGAAGAUGGGACUUUUUCACUACACACUGAAUAAUCAAUCGAUGAUUAAAGAAAGUCUGUCUGGAAUUAUAGUCCAGCCUCCACCCCACAACUCUUGUGCGGUACAUGAAUGUGACACAUAGAUCUGAUCUAUCGUAGAUAUGAAGAGACAUGAGGAACAAGUAUUGUUAUCUGGAUACCAGAAAAUUUAAAUCCACACUCAAAAGCACUCUAGAAAAAAAGUGAACCACAAAAGGCAAGUUUACAUUUCGACUGUGUUGAAAAUGUGGAGGUAUGACGUAUACAGUGCAGUGAAUUUCAGAGACAGUUAAAUGUAGAUGUAAUAAAAACAAUACCCAGCCUCCACUGUAGUCAAUACUUUACCAUCUUGUAACUAUAUCUAAUGAAACUCAUAUUGGUAUUGAUACAAGUCACACAGUCACACAGAAAGUAUUGCUCUACUUUGCGACUUCAGUGUUUUUAUCAUCUCUCUGGCAGCCAAACAAACGUUCAAAUCGACCUCCAUUCUGUCCAACCAUCCCUCCUCCACACCUUCAUCUCCCCUCCCCCUGUCUGUUGUUCCAUCACCGCUGCUGUCUUUCUGAUUUGUGCCCCUCCCUCUCCAGGAUCCUCCUCUCUCUUAGACUAUGCUGUUUACCCACAAGUGCAGAUUUUUCUCUCUUCCUUUUUGUACACCUCCGUUAUCCCUUCAUUCACCUCUUUCUCUUCCUUUCGUCAACGGCCCAUCUCCCUCUCCUUCCUCAUGUCUGUACUUUAUCUGCUGCUGUACUCGUUUGCCUCCCAGCACGGAUCCUUCCUUGCUUUUCUUCAAUGUUGGACUUUGGACACUGAAACCAACUUAAAACCACAAACUCUAUUAUAUAUACAUAAAUUUACACAGUAUAUAUAUAUAUUAUAUAUUAUAUAUAUAUAUAUAUACACACAAAUGGAUAUAUAAAUAUAUCGAAAUCUAAGCCACCAUUUCUAUUCUACUGGUAUUAUGAUGAUAAUAAUGAUAAUACUAAUACUGAAACUGAAUCUGGUUGAUGACUAUAAUAUCUGUAUUUCCGUACUUCAGUGUUAUAUAAAAGAAAAAAAAUAUUCUAAGAGAAACUUACUAGUGAUUGUGUGGAAAUCUGAGGCUGCCGUUCUGCUCUUCUGAUUAAAAACAUGCUUCUUGUUUUUGUUUUGGGUCAAACCAAGUUGUGGCUAAAAAGCUGAAACUACUACUUAUAUAAAAAACCUACAGCUAAAAAGGACUUUUAUUUUUUAAGUUAUUAUUAUUAUUAUUAAUAUUAUUAUUAUUAUUAUUAUCUUGACUGUAAAUUACAUGUGAAUAUUUAGACUAUGAUGAUAUUCUUUGAUUUAUCAAUCAAUCAAAUCAAUUUAUCUACUGUUUUCUUAUUUAUUUGCUCUGAUGAAAUCAAUAAAAUUUAAAUGGGACUUUUAUUUUUCUUAAACCUA